AUGAGCAUCAGGACCCCACCCACACUCCUGCAGCUGGCAGCAGAGAGCCUGCUGAAGGACCAGGCCUCGGCCAUCACAGCUCUGGAGUACCUGCCCGCUGAACUCUUCCCGCUGCUGUUCAUCUUGGCCUACUUUAGUAGACGCUACAAGACCCUGAAGGCGAUCACACAAGCCUGGCCCUUCGCUGUCCUCCCUGUGGGGGGAUUGAAGCAUCGACCUCGGGUUAAGAUCUUAAAAGCCUUGUUGGAUGGGCUUGACGUUGUGCUUGCCCAGGAGGUUCGCCCCAGGAGGUGCAAACUGCGGGUGCUGGAUUUAAGGUACAUGGAUUCCGACUUCUGGAAAAUAUGGUGUGGAAACAGCACCGAGAAGUACUCAUCGAUUUUUCCAGUGACUGAGCACAGGUCCAGCCCCAACAUGGAGCACCCCUUAACUCCCGUGGAGGUGUUCCUAGACCUGAACUUCACUGAAAGGAACAGAGAUGCAUUUUUCAUGUAUGUCAUCCAAUGGGCCCAGCAGAGGAAAGGGCUGGUACACCUGUGCUGCAAGACGCUGAGUAUUGCUGAGGUGCCCUUCCACAGGGUGUGGCAGGUCCUGGAUGUGGUACAGGUGGACUGUAUCCAGGAGGUGGAACUGAAGUGCACCUGGGACCUGCCCACCCUGGAGUUGUUUGCUCUUUACCUGGAGCAGAUGAGGAAUCUGCAGAGACUCUUUCUCUCCCACAUCCAUAUAUUGGGUGAGGAGGAAGAGGUGGAAGAACAGGAGGAAGAUGUCCAAGAGUGCCUGCAGACCCCCUUGGAAAAAUUCACCAUAACGCAUUGCCAGUGCCUGACCCAUUCAGACCUGACACAUCUGUUCCAGUGCCCGCACCUCAGGCAACUGAAAUCCCUGCGUCUGUAUUGUGCCAGCCUCGAUGGUAUUAUUCCAGUGCCCCUCCGAGCUCUGCUGGAAGCAUUGACACCCACCCUCCAGGAGCUGCGCCUCGAUAAGUGUAAGUUGGUGGACUCCCAAGUUGAGGCCAUCCUGCCUGUCCUGAGCCGCUGUCACCAGCUCAGUUUCUUCACCAUCUCUGAGAACCGCCUGUCCUUGGCCACCGUGGGGAAGCUGCUGCGUCACACAGCCGGGCUGCGCAGCUUAGAGCUGGAGCUGUACCCCGCCCCCCUGGAGUGUUACACGAUCCAGGGCACUGUCAACCAGGAGAGACUUGACAAGAUCCAAGCUGAGCUGAUGGGAAUACUGAAGGAGUUAGGACAGCCCAGGUCCAUCCUGCUUGUCACCAAGCACAGUGGCCACAGGGAAUAUUAUGAUGUGGCAUUUUCAUGCCAGGGAGCCUGUUCUUUGCCCCUGUAA